CGGCGGCGGACGCGGAGGCAGGCGAGGAGGAGCCGGGGAAGCCGGAGGAAGCGGAGGCAGCAGCGCGGGCCGCGCGGCGCGCCCGGACCGCGGGGAGCUGCCUUGCAGCGGGCGGUAGGAGCGGCUGCCCGGCCACCGCCACCCCCCGACCCCUCCAGUUCCCUCGCGGCUCCCCGUCUCGCUCCUGGGCCGGCUCUGCUCCGGCCGGCCGGAUCCUCGGGACACACGGCAGCCCGCGGCCGCUCGCUGCGCCGGUCAAGUUGGGAUGGGGGCCCGCAGACACCGCCCGGAGCCCGAGAGACCACCUGCGUGCUAGAAGCAAACUUUUGUCUUCCUCGGGCCGCCCCCCAGGACUAUGCGAGGCUAGAAUGGAGAUGUCCGCCCCAGCCCCCGCCGCGGAGAAGAAGGAAGCCAAGGGCGGGAUCCUGGAGGCCGCCGCCUUCCCCGACCCGGGCAGGAAGGCCUCGGCCCUCGCGGUGGCCACGGCAGCGGCGGCGGCGGCAGCCGUGGCUGCCCAAGGAGUGCCGCAGCACCUUCUACCGCCCUUCCACGCUCCCUUGCCGAUUGACAUGCGACACCAGGAGGGAAGGUACCAUUACGAGCCCCACUCGGUCCACGCCAUGCCCGGGCCUCCUGCCCUGAGCGGCAGCCCAGUCAUCUCUGACAUCUCAUUGAUCCGGCUUUCCCCGCACCCUGCUGGCCCUGGGGAGUCCCCCUUCAGUGCCCACCACCCGUACGUGAGCCCCCACAUGGAGCAUUACCUCCGUGCCAUGCACAGCAGCCCCACGCUCCCCACCAUCUCGGCAGCCAGGGGGCUCAGCCCUGCUGAAGUGGCCCACGAGCACCUGAAGGAAAGAGGGCUGUUCGGCCUCCCGGCGGCGGGCACCACCCCCUCGGACUAUUACCACCAGAUGACGCUCAUGGCCAGCCACCCGGCACCAUACGGGGACCUGCUGAUGCAGAGCGGGGCCGCCGCGGGCACCCCCCACCUCCACGACUACCUCAACCCCGUGGAUGUGUCCCGGUUCUCCAGCCCACGGGUGACACCGCGCCUGAGCCGCAAGCGGGCUCUGUCCAUCUCCCCGCUCUCGGACGCCAGCCUGGACCUGCAGCGCAUGAUCCGGACCUCGCCCAACUCGCUGGUGGCCUAUAUCAACAACUCGCGCAGCAGCUCAGCGGCCAGCGGCUCCUACGGACACCUGUCGGCGGGCACCCUCAGCCCAGCCUUCACCUUCCCCCACCCCAUCAACCCAGUGGCCUACCAGCAGAUCCUGAGCCAGCAGAGAAGCCUGGGGUCUGCCUUUGGACACACCCCGCCGCUGAUCCAGCCCUCACCCACGUUCCUGGCACAGCAGCCCGUGGCCCUGGCCCCCAUCAACACCACGCCCACCCAACUCAGUAGCACCAACUGUCUGGGUGAUGCCAGCCAGAGCAAGCCGAGCAGCGAGUCAGCGGUGAGCAGCACGGUCAACCCCAUCGUCAUUCACAAGCGCAGUAAGGUCAAGACUGAAGUGGACAGCCUGCGGCCGGCCUCCCCGCUGACCCUGACGCAGGAGCAGCUGGCUGACCUUAAGGAAGACCUGGACAGGGAUGACUGCAAGCAGGAGGCUGAGGUGGUCAUCUAUGAGACCAACUGCCACUGGGAGGACUGCACCAAGGAGUACGACACCCAGGAGCAGCUGGUGCACCACAUCAACAACGAGCACAUCCACGGGGAGAAGAAGGAGUUCGUGUGCCGCUGGCAGGCCUGCACGCGGGAGCAGAAGCCCUUCAAGGCCCAGUACAUGCUGGUGGUGCACAUGCGCCGGCACACGGGCGAGAAGCCCCACAAGUGCACAUUCGAGGGCUGCUCAAAGGCCUACUCCCGCCUGGAGAACCUGAAGACGCACCUGCGGUCCCACACCGGGGAAAAGCCGUACGUGUGCGAGCACGAGGGCUGCAACAAGGCCUUCUCCAACGCGUCGGACCGAGCCAAGCACCAGAACCGCACCCACUCAAAUGAGAAACCCUACAUCUGCAAGAUCCCGGGGUGCACCAAGCGCUAUACGGACCCCAGUUCUCUCCGGAAGCACGUGAAGACGGUCCACGGCCCGGACGCUCACGUCACCAAAAAGCAGCGCAAUGAUGUGCACCUCCGCACGCCACUGCUCAAGGAGAACGGGGACAGUGAGGCGAGCGCCGAGCCCGGCGGCCGGGGCUCCGAGGAGAGCACCGAGGCCAGCAGCAGCGGCCAGGCCGUGGAGGACUGCCUACACGUGAAAGCCAUCAAGACCGAGAGCGCCGGGCUGUGUCAGUCCAGCCCCGGGGCGCAGUCAUCCUGCAGCAGCGAACCCUCUCCGCUGGGCAGUGCCCCCAACAACGACAGUGGCGUGGAGAUGCCGGGGACGGGGCCCGGGAGCCUGGGAGACCUGAGCGCUCUGGAUGACACCCCGCCGGGGACGGACGCGGCCUCCGCCGUGGGCGGCCUGCAGCUGCGCAAACACAUGACGGCCAUGCACCGCUUCGAGCAGCUCAAGAAGGAGAAGCUCAAGUCGCUCAAAGAUUCCUGCUCAUGGGCCGGGCCGGCCCCACACGCCCGGAGCACCAAGCUGCCGCCCCUCCCGGGCAGCGGCUCCGUCCUGGAAAACUUCGGCGGGGGCGGCGGGCCGGCGGGGCUGCUGCCCAGCCCGCGGCUGGCCGAGCUGUCGGCGGGAGAGGUGACCAUGCUGAGCCAGCUGCAGGAGCGCCGCGACAGCUCCACCAGCACCGUCAGCUCGGCCUACACGGUGAGCCGCCGCUCCUCGGGCAUCUCCCCGUACUGCUCCAGCCGCCGCUCCAGCGAGGCCUCGCCGCUGGGCGCCGGCCGCGCGCACAACGCCAGCUCGGCCGACUCCUACGACCCCAUCUCCACCGACGCGUCGCGGCGCUCCAGCGAGGCCAGCCAGUGCAGCGGCUCGGGGCUGCUGCACCUCACGCCAGCGCAGCAGUACAGCCUGCGGGCCAAGUACGCGGCGGCCACUGGCGGCCCGCCGCCCACGCCGCUGCCCGGCCUGGAGCGCAUGAGCCUGCGGACGCGCCUGGCGCUGCUGGACGCGCCCGAGCGCGCGCUGCCCGCCGCCGGCGCCGCCGCCUGCCCGCGCCCGCUGGGCCCGCGGCGGGGCAGCGACGGGCCGGCCUACGGGCACGCGGGCCCUGCGCCCUCCUUCCCCCACCAGGUGCCGGGCGGCGGCGUUGGCGGCGCGCGCCGGGCCAGUGACCCGGUGCGGCGGCCCGAUGCCCUGGCACCCCCGCGCGUGCAGCGCUUCCACAGCGCCCACAACGUGAGCCCCGCGGCGGCCGCCGCCGCCGCCACCUCCUCCUCCGCGCUGCCGCCCUGUGCCGCUGACCGCCGGGCUCUCCGCCUGCACGGCCACGACGGCAGCGGCCUGGCGCGGGGCGCCUACUCGCCCCGGCCGCCCAGCAUCAGCGAGAACGUGGUGAUGGAGGCCAUGGCCGCGGGGGUGGACGGCGCGGGGCCCGAGGUCAACCUCCUGCUGCCAGACGAUGACCUGGUGCUGCCCGACGACGUGGUGCAGUACAUUAGGACCCAGGCCGCCAGCGCCGCCCUGGACGAGAGCACCCCGCCCCUCUAUGCCCCGGAGAGCACCUGCUUCUCGGAGAACCCCAAAAUGCCCAGCCCGGGGCUGCACGGCCAGCGCAGAAUGGUGGCCGCAGACUCCAACAUGGGGCCCUCGGCCCCGGGGAUGGCGGGGGGCUGCCAGCAGCUGGGCUACGGGACCCCCUCCAGUCUGAACAAAAGCAACAUGCCCGUGCAGUGGAACGAGGUGAGCUCCGGCACCAUGGACACCAUGCCCAGCCAGGCGAAGCCCGCUCCCUUUGCGCAGGGCAACCUGGCCGUGGUGCCGCAGAAGGCGGCUCUGGGCCAGUACCCGGGCUACGGCGCCCACUCUGGGGCUCUGAACAGCACACAGCCCCACCUGGCGCCCUGCAGCAGCACUCCUGCCGCUGCCCCCAGGGGCAAUUAUUUGCAGCCGCUGCGGCAGGCAGGGGCUCCUAAUCAGUGUCCCAACCUAACCUCCACUGUGAGCCCCCACACCACCUAUGGGGGUCAGGCCCACCCGCAGCUGAGCCCCAGUACGGUGGCGGGGUCCUUGAACCAGUUCCCGGCUUCCUGCAGCAACAUGGCGGGCAAGCCAGGUCCCCUAGGGCUCCCCCAGCAAAUGGAAGUUGCUCCGGACCCCACCAUGAUGGGCAGCAGCCGUCGGGAAGUUGGGGUCCCCAAUUCCACACUGGCUGGGUUGCCCCCGCCUCACCCGGCCCAGAGCUACCCCCAGCAGAGCCAUCACCUGGCAGGCCCCAUGAGCCAGGAGAGUUACCACCCCGGCCCCAGCCUCCUACCUGCUCACCAGCCUGGCUUCAUGGAGCCGCACCAGGUCACGCUGGGGCAGGCCGGACCAGGCUUUGGCAUGGUGCAACCCCGGCCACCCCCAGAGCCCAGCCCAGCUGGCCGACACCGUGGGGUGCGUGCCGGGCAGCAGCUGGCCUAUGCUAGGGCCACUAGCCAUGGCAUGGCAGCUGUGUCGGCAAACCAGGAGUUGGCAGAGUCUGUUCCCAAGGGAACAGUGGGCCCCAUGGCGUCCCUGCCCGCUCAGCUACCCCAGCAGGACACAAGCGGGGCCCAGGACCACAGCAUGCUCUAUUACUACGGCCAGAUCCAUAUGUAUGAACAGAACGGGAGCCUGGAGAACCAGGCUGGCUGUCAGGUCAUGCGGCCCCAGCCACCUCAGGCCUGCCCGGACAGUGUCCAGCCCCAGCCCUUGCCUUCACCUGGGGUCAACCAGGUGUCCAGCACUGUCGACUCCCAGCUCCUGGAGGCCCCUCAGAUCGAUUUUGACGCCAUCAUGGAUGACGGAGACCACUCCAGCUUGCUCUCGGGUGCCCUGAGCCCCAGCCUCGUCCACAGUCUCUCCCAGAACUCGUCCCGUCUCACCACCCCUCGGAACUCCCUGACCCUGCCGUCCAUCCCCACGGGCAUCAGCAACAUGGCCGUCGGGGACAUGAGCUCCAUGCUCACCAGCCUAGCCGAGGAGAGCAAGUUCUUGAAUUUGAUGACUUAAGCUGCCGCCCUGCACACAGCCGGCCCUGGGGAAGCCGCGUUGCCCAGCGCCAUUGUACCACUUUCCCCACAUGAGUAUUCACUGCGUCCGAGGGAGUUUUGCUAACGACUGGUUCAGAGCACAGAUGUGUUCAGAACAGCUUUCUGUGCAGCCUGUCCAGUUGUCUCUUUGGGAUUUUUUUUUUUAUUUGUAUGUUGAACAUUGAAAGAAGUUCAGGAAAGGCAAGGGCAGGAAUGAAAACAAAAAACAAAAACUCGUUUACAUGGUGAGACCCAGCCUUUGGUGUUUAUGGGACCACUCGGUUCUGGCUUCUUAGACUCUGUCAUUUGCCUAAUGAGGGAUUACAGUGGCCACGGGCUUUUCAAGUCCAGGAGGAAAGAGGGUAGAGGAAACCACAUUGGGGUUUGAAUCUGAAAGCCAUACUGAAUAUUCCCAUCCAGGAAGAUAAGCCUCUAGUUCGCAGGAGGAAAAGGGACUCCCUGGCCCGCCCGAAUUCUAUGAAGCGUCAUUUACUCUUGAGGCUGUGGAUGUCCCUUACUAUAAAGGGAAAAAUUUAUGUGUUUUGCCUGGGUCAUGAUUCAGGAACACACCUUGAUUCCAGGGUUUGGUAGAGCUGGCAUCUCUACCCCCACACAGCUGUGUUUGCAGACCAGCCGCGUGCAUAGGAAUGAAUUGAGUGUGGCGGCGUUGCCCAAAAAAGGGAAAGGGGUAAAAAGGCAGCAUGCUACGUGCGGGCAAGCCCCGAGAUCUCCUGCCCUCUGCAGACCAUGUUUACAGUGUUCGUGCAUGUAGAAUGUAGUCCUUCCAGAAAAGAACACUUAUUUCUAAAUACCUCGGGCUGCUGGAGUUGCCGUGGGCUGAAGAUGGAUGGAGGUGAGAAGUGUGUGGGAUGGAGGCUUGGGAAAGAGGAUUCCCCAGGGCCCCACCUCAGGCAGCCCUGGAGAUCUCCCUGUAGGAAGAGGAAGUCGCAUGUUUACCCAUUCUUGUUUCUUCAGUGCACUCUCCGCCCACCUUACCCCCCGGGGAACGCCCUAGGCCAGGCCUACAGCAGCCUCCUGGAGGUCAUGCUCUCUGUUCUCUGCUCCCGGGCAGCCCAGGGAUCCCCACUGCCCCUUGGAUUCAGAGAACUAGGCUGUGCUUGGGGCCCGGAAAGUGAAGGGGUGAAUCUUGGGACUCUGAAGGACUGUCACUGAAUUGUCCUGUUCAGUGUGACCAAGCUCUCCCUGCCUGGAAAUGGAAUUCGGAGCUGGCAUUGGAAGAUACGGAUGCCUGAACGCACCCUCGAAUCAUACACAUAUGCACACACGUACAUACACGCACACACAC